AUAAGCGUAUAUGUGAUGAUGUUUAUUGUAGCAUAUGCCGCUUAUCAGCGUGUUAAACUGUGCGAGUUUUUUUUGUUGUAAAGCUGUACUUUACCAUCUUCGGAACCCCACACGAAUAAGCAUACACAUUGCUGCACCGACCGGUGAGUGAACAGUAUAAAUAUCUACGGCUCAUUUUGCGAUUGUCGCAAAACGAGUAACGCAAUGGCAACCAGAGCUCUGAAAUACUAUUACGAUUUACUUUCGCAACCAUCGCGGGCCCUGUACAUCCUGCUGGAACAGUCAAAGAUUCCAUACCAAAAGUGUCCUAUCGCGUUGAGAAAGUUCGAGAACAAAACAACGGAAUUCAAAGAAAACGUCAGCCGAUUUGGCAAACUGCCUUGCAUUGUACACGGAGACUUUAAACUCGCUGAAAAUAUUGCUAUUUUCCGCUAUCUAGAUCGAGAAUUCGGCCUCGGCCAACACAAUUGGUACCCCAAGGAACGCACGGUCCGCGCCCGUGUCGACGAAUAUCUAGAGUGGCAGCAUGCCAACAUACGGGCCCAGUGUGCGAUUUACUUCCUCUAUGUGUGGAUCAGACCCUUGCAGGGUUUGGACUUGGAUCCAGUAAAGGUUGAACGGCUGCGGAACAAUAUGAUACGGUGUUUAGAUCAGUUCGAAAGCGAGUGGUUGGACGGUGGGAGGAAGCAAUACCUUGCAGGAGAGGAAUUGACCUAUGCGGAUCUGUUGGCUGCUUGUGAACUGGAACAGCCUAAGAUAGCUGGUUUCGAUCCGAGAGUUGGACGGCCACAUCUUGCAGCGUGGUUGGAACGGGUUCGGAACAGUACCAACCCACACUACGACCAGGCCCACCAGUUCGUUUACAAGUUUACGCCCAAGGAGAUUCCGACACCGGCGGUGGAUUGAUCCUGUAAAGAAAUUGAAAUUAAAUGCACAAAACAAUUUAUAAUCAAAUGUUUUAAUUAAUUCGUAUUAAUCUGGGAUGGAAUGGACAUGUAAUCCAAACUCUGGCCAUAAUUCUAAAACAUAA